AUGAAACACAGUAAACGUUACCGUCGUCUUGGGCGAACAUCCGCCCAUCGUAUGUCCAUGUUUCGUAACAUGGUUACCUCUCUGAUAAGAUAUGACAGAAUAGAGACGACUUUGCCUAAAGCCAAGGAAUUGAAGAAGUUUGCUGAUAAGAUGGUAACUUUAGGCAAGAAAGGGGACCGUAGUGCUGGUGUGCGAGCUAGGGCAUUUCUUCGUGAACAUUAUAUCACUAUUCCAAAGCUCUUCGGCGAAAUGGCAGAAAGAUAUCGUAAUCGUGCGGGAGGGUACACACGUAUUCACAAAAUAGGAAAUAGGGAGGGGGACAACGCUCCGAUGGCAGUAAUUGAAUAUGUGGAUGCGCCAGGUGAUCUAAAAUAUCAAAUGCUCAUUAAAACUUUGGCUCGACAGGAAUUAGAGCCUGAACUUCGGAUUCCUACGGAAACACUUGAGAAUGGUCAAGGAGGUACGCGUCUAAAUAAAAGAGCGCAAAUUAGGUUACGACAGCAGAAUAAAUUCGAUCAUGAUGUAGAGAAAAUGAUGAAAGCUAAGGAGAUAUCGCAAGAGGAACUCGAAGAGAUGGUUAAUAAGGAAACUGAAGUAUUACUGAAUCAAAAACAAGAAGCGAAAGAAUUCAAGAUGAAAAAUAAGCUAAGGAAGAAAAAAGGACAUCUGUCUUAUGAUGCCUUGGAACUCUAUAACAUUCGUUUUCCCGAAAAAGAAUGA